AGGAAACAAACAGGUCGAAGAGGCGGGGAUGGGGCCAGUAAAGAUAACUUCAGAAGAAAAAAGGAGUUGGUAUUUCACAAUGGCCAUCAUGUAUAUUAGACUGGAUGGAAUAUUAAUGAACAAGGAUCCCUACGCUUCUAAGCGACUACUGUUUAUCAACAAAUCAUUAGUAUUACUACGGGAGGUUCUGAAGUCCGACAGUGCUCAAUAUAGAGCUCUUACCUGGUGUUAUUUGGGAAUGACGCUGGAGCGGAUGGACAUCUUCCCUGAUACACCAAUGGCAGUUCAUGACUGUGGAUUCUCUGGGACUGAUCCACUCGACUGUUAUGGACAGGCUAUUGAAACGGCAAAAACUGAUCCAUUCAUUCUGAAUCGGCUUGCUAAAGUUUUUCAUUUCCUUGGAAAACAAGACAUGGCAACUGGUAUUUGUAACAUGGCCUUGAAUAUGCUUCCAGACCCAGGAACAAAUUGGCAAGCUUAUAGCACGAGGGCAAAGAUUAAUAUAAAACUAUACACACAAGGCCUUGAGCGGGUGAAGAUGGGUCACAGUGGAGUGCCAGACAGGCAGCUGCUAAACAAAGCAAAAGCAGAUUUGGAUUUAAUAUUGUCUGUGUGCCCCUGUCUAAAGACAUACCUGGAUAUGGGACAGGUUUGUUACUACAUGGGUGUUGAUGCGGUGCAGGAACUCCAGUUGGUGGAUGAAAAUGCACUAAACAAUGCUUUAGUUUUCUUUGCCAAAGCCAUGGAGCUUGACUUGGGAGACACGCUGCCAGAGAUCCAGUUGCUGAGAGGGAAGUGUUUACAGGUCAAAGGAGAGGAACACAAUGCAGUCGAGUGCUUCAAACAAGCAAUUGAACUUGAUGAUGUAGGAUCCCAGUACUCUGAGACAUUCCGCUGCCUCAUUGAAUUGCUAUUGUCACUGUUCAUCCAGGAGAAAUCCAGUGAGGAAAUGGUUAUCCGUGAGGUGGAAAUAUGGGUAGAAAAAGCUGAGGCAAAGUAUCAAAUGGAGAGAGUCCGACAGGAACUGCACUCAAUUUGUCGAAACCAUAUGCCCAAGAUUUUAAAACUUGCCAGAGCUAUGAUCAUAGCUGGGAAGCUGCGAAUAGUAAAAUUACUUCUGGAAACAAUGAAUCCUGAUCACACCUGAGUUAGCAAGAUUUUGUUUAAGGAGCGAGUUAUUUGAACACUUCUGCUAUUUGUCUUUAAAAACCCACUACUUAAGGGUCUCUAUUGACAAACUUUGCCUUUUGUGUGGUGUUUAAUCAGAUGGGACAAAUGUUGAAUGAUCAGAGGCUAAAUUGCAAUCCAAUCUCAUCUUUUCACCAUCAUUUUGUCUCUUUUUUUGGCUGAGAUGCAAAAAGGUGUACUUGGUGUAAAAUACCAAGUAGGUGACAACAAAACUUUGAUUGGAAUAUGAUUCUUCAAAAGAGAUUUGUUCAACUGCUAUUGAUCACUCACAAGUAUCUCCUAACCAUAUUAUGCUUACAAUGUUUUUAGAUACACUGUUGUCCAAGAAUGAUCAAUGUGACCUUGAUAGCACCUUCCUGACGAAUGUCGGAUCUUUCUGGUUUUCUGGAAUUCCAUGGCAGAAAUAUUUAAUGUAUAAAUCCUCAGUAAAAUGCUAUUUUACUAUCAAGUACUGUGGUAUAUCAGGCAUCGUAUUGGUUAAUCGAAGGAUAAAGCACAGCGUACUUUACCCAACAAUGUGACUCAAUUCUAACACCAAUGGAACACCUACCACUCUGUCAGACCAUUUCCUACACAAGCCACCUUGGAAUCUGUUGAGAGAAAUAAUUGAUUCAGAAUGAGUAUGUGCUGAGUUUUGUGCUGCAGUCUGCAUUAAGACUGCCCUAAACUCAUUCUGCUCUGACCACUAUAACUGGCAGAGAACAGUUUUAUUGCAGUUCGUGGAGAUGAAAGAGGGUUACCUUAAUCAGACAUCACCAAGGUCGUCAUCUCACUGUUUAAUAGCAUGUGUUGCGUUAAUAUGCUAUUAACAUAAUAACUGGGAUCUCACACUGGUAAUUCUGAUUGGUCUGUUGUUCAUUGAUUUUUUUUUAAAAAAUUCUAAACUUUUCAUACCCGGCAGAAUCACAGCUACCUCAUGAGACUGAGCCUUUUCUGGUUUAUUAGAUUUACUUGCUUACUUGCAAAGUAGUAAUCGUAUGAAAUUUAAAAUUAUAGCAAUGUGACCGAAUGAGUGAAUUGGUACACUUAUUGUGCUCAAUUAAUUUUAUGAUAAAGUGAUUCAAACACCAGGACCAGAUACUUUUGAAAAUAAAGGCUUGAGGCCAACUCUUCUUCAAGCACAGGGAAUUUAUUGAUCCAGUGAAAAUGUACCCGGCUUCCCCAGAUGUGAUGGUCUGCUUCAGUGACAGCUUUGCUGACAAAGUGGGUCCUUGAGGCGGCCUCUGCCGUGUCUUCGGCGACAUGGUGGUCCGGCCUGAGAUUUGGCAACUUUGAUGUCAGCUUUCUGCAGUGAUAGAGAAUGUGAUUCCUCUUUUCUCCUCAACCUUGGGAACCCAUGAGCUGUGAAGUGAACAAAGGAGAACUUUGUCUUCAUUUUUUUUAAUAUACAAUUUCUGUUAUUCAUAUAGGUGCCGGAGUAUGGUGACUUAAACACUUCUCAUUGUUUUUUUUUUGUAAAAAUAGAGGUGACAAUAAAUUACUAUUCUGUUCAAAAGCCAAAUACGAUGGAUGCCGGAAAAUCUGAAGUAAGAGUGCUGUAGAAACUCAGCAGGUUAGCAGCAACUCAACAGGAAGAGUUAAUGUUUUGGACCAUAUGCUACUAAAUAGUGAGAUGGGGACCUGGGUGAUGACUGAUUAACAUAACUGUCAUAAACAUUAACCCUAUGUCUCCUUCCAUAUAUGCUGUCAGAUCUGUCAUUUUUGUUUUCAUUUCCCCACCA